AUGGACAAGACGUGGAUGCAUAUUGAAGAUAGAUUUGGGUCCAAUGAAUAUGCACUAGGGGUUAACCACUUUAUUACUAUGGCUCGGGCCCAUGCACUUGGAGGCAAUGACAUUAGGUGUCCGUGUCGCAGAUGUUGCAAUAUGUUCUUCCAGUUAAUAAAUGUGGUCGAGGAUCAUUUGUUUAUUGUAGGGAUUGACCCUUCUUAUCAGACCUGGAUAUUCCACGGUGAAGAUGACAAUUUCACCCUCAGUUCCUCAGAUCAUGAUCAAUCUACGAGCUUUUUCAGUGACUAUAUUGACGAUAUGGAUGACAUGGUGCACGACAUGCGGGCUGGGGUGAAUAUGGAUCAUUCUCAAGUUCCUAUUGAUGGGGAGACAGAAGGUUCUUCUACGGAGAAAAAAAAUUGGGCUGAAUUGUUAGAAGAUGCCCGACAUCCCCUUUAUCCAUCAUGUGCGAACUUUUCGAAGCUAUCAUUUAUCGUAAAGUUGCUUCAUAUCAAGACAGUUGGUGGUUGGAGUGUAAAAUCAUUCAACAUGGUUAUCAAGCUCUUGAAAGCUGCAUUUCCUAAUGCUCUUCUCCCAGAUUCAUAUAAUGAUGCACGUCGGUUGGAACGUGGACUUGGGUUUACUUACACCAAGAUAGACGCAUGCUUGAACGAUUGUGUAUUGUUUUGGAAAGAAGAUUCUAACAAAGAUAAAUGCCCUCAUUGCAACACUCCUAGGUGGGUUUCAAGCACUAAUAAGCAUAAGAAAGUACCACAAAAAGUCUUGAGGUAUUUUCCUUUGAAGCCAAGGUUGCAAAGACUAUUUGUUUCUAAGAAAAUUGCCAAUGCAAUGAGAUGGCAUGCAAAUGAACGAGUUAGUGAUGCUAAUGUCAUGAGGCACCCUGCAGAUUCGAAGGUAUGGAAAGAUUUUGAUGCACAACAUAUGAGGUUUGCACUUGAUUCUCGUAAUGUGAGGCUUGGUUUAGCGAGUGAUGGGUUUAACCCUUUUAACAAUAUGAGUAAACCCUAUAGCAUAUGGCCGGUGAUACUCGUACCUUACAACUUGCCCCCUUGGUCAUGCAUGAAAGAUCCAUACCACAUGCUAACCUUGUUAAUUCCUGGUCCAAAAGCACCUGGUAAUGAUAUCGAUGUUUAUUUGCGUCCUUUGAUUGAUGAAUUGAAAGAGUUGUGGGAAAACGGUGUUGAUACAUACGAUGCAUCCGAAAAGAGUUGGUUUCGCUUACAUGCAGCACUGCUUUGGAGCAUCAAUGACUUCCCGGCCUAUGCUAAUCUCUCUGGCUGGAGCACAAAGGGAAAGAUGGCAUGUCCUACAUGCAAUGUUGAUACAGAUUCAUUGUGGUUGGCAUAUGGGCUAAAGCAUUGUUACAUGGGUCAUCGUCGGUGGUUGUUGCCAGGGCAUAGGUGGAGAUCUUUAAAGGCUAAAUUCAAUGGUAAGCCAGACCAUCGAGGGGCACCUACACAUUUGUCAGGACAAGCUAUACUUGAACAAUUGGCUGAGCUAAGAAAUGUACAGUUUGGUAAAGCUUCAAAGAAGAGGAAACGCAGAACAACAGAAUUGAAUUGGACCAAAAAAACUAUAUUCUUUGAGCUUCCUUAUUGGUCAUCAUUGGAAUUGAGACAUAAUCUAGACGUCAUGCAUAUCGAGAAGAAUAUUUGUGAUAGCAUCUUAGGAACUUUGAUGAAUAUUGAUGGAAAAACCAAGGACACAGCCAACACACGUAGGGAUUUGGCCAACCUUGGCAUAAGGAAGGAAUUACAUUUACAACAAGAUGGUGACCAUUAUUCCAUGAGGAUGGCAUGUUACAUGUUAAAUAACGCUGAGAAAAGGUCUUUCUGUGAGUGGUUAUCAAAUGUUAAGUUCCCCGAUGGAUUCGCCUCAAAUAUUGCUCGAUGUGUUAAUGUUAGUGAAGCCAAGAUCCUAGGCAUGAAAAGUCAUGAUUGUCAUAUUUUCAUGCAAAGAUUGCUCCCAGUUGUGAUUGGUGGAUAUUUUACAGCUGAAGUUCGACAAGCAUUGACUGAGUUAAGUACUUUCUUCAAAGAACUUUGUGCACGAAAAUUAAAGAUUGAUGUCCUCCAUCGGCUACAAACUGACAUUUCCAUUAUUCUUUGUAAGUUGGAAAUGAUAUUCCCACCUGCCUUCUUUGACAUAAUGAUGCAUCUCACCAUUCAUUUACCACGAGAGUCAUUGCUUGGAGGACCGGUACAAUAUAGGUGGAUGUAUCCUUUUGAGAGGUAUCUAGGAAAGUUCAAGCGUUAUGUUAAAAAUAAAUCUCGUCCGGAAGGCUCAAUUGCAGAGGCCUAUAUUCAUGUUGAGUGCCUUACAUUUUGCUCUAUGUAUCUCCAUGAGAUUGAGACAACAUUUAAUCGACCAGAACGAAAUGUUGAUGUCGUUCAACACCAUGGAGCAGGAAUGUUAUCUAUUUUCUCACAAAAGGUUCGUCCGCUUGGAUCGCCCUCUGUUGAAAGAAUAGAUGAAACACUUUUUGCAAAGGCCUGUCAACACUAUAACAAGAUUAAAGAAGAAGGCUCUAGCAAUGUCGAUCAUAGGCACCAAAUUCAAUUUCCCAACUGGUUCAAAAGCCAUGUCUAUGAAUUGCGUUCCUUGAAUCCAAGUGAGGUUAGUGAUGAAGUUUAUGCUUUAGCAUGUGGACCAGAUCCAUGGGUUGGGUCAUACAGUGGAUGCAUUACGAAUGGAAUAAGGUUCCAUACAAAGGACCGUGAACAACAUCGACGAACUCAAAAUAGUGGGAUUCUUGUUAACGGAGUACAUCAGUCUCAUAAUGUGGAGUUCUACGGUGUGUUGAAAGAUAUUUUGGAAUUACGUUACAUGGGAUGGCAUCUUGUAUACUUGUUUAAAUGUGAUUGGUGGGACGUCGGUGAUCAUAACCGAGGCAUACGUGUAAGCGACCAUUUGACAAGUGUGAAUAGUAAUAGAAGAUGGUAUAAGGACGAGCCUUUUGUCCUUACCUAUCAAUGCUCACAAGUGUUUUACUUAAAAGAUCCGAGUGGGGCAGGAAAUUGGCAAGUGGUACAAAAGAUAACAAAUAGGAAUGUAUACGACAUUCCAUCGAUGCCAACAGUUGGGGAUGAUGAUGAGGACUCAUCUGACGGUGAUACAUGUCAAGAUGAGGAUGAUGUCAACCAUUUCAGUCUAGUGAAUCAAAAUGAUAGUGGGUUGGUGAAUCAAUUGCAUAGAGAGGAUGAAGAACCAUAUGUAGUUAAUGAGUUGCCUAUACCACACCGUGCAUGUUCUGGUGAUGCUGAACAUACUUUUAUUGAUGAUGAUGAUGAUAGUGACGAAGCUGAUGAUGAUUCCAUUAAUGACAACUUGUUUGCAAAUGAGGAAGACCUGGAAUCAAAUUCAGAUUCAGACUCAUCUGACUAUUGUAUAGUGGAGGGAUUAAUUUUGGGCUCAGAACUUGGUCUGCAUAUUAAGGGAAGAGAAGAGUUGGAAAAGGUUAAAGGAUGUGUUAAUGUAGCAGCUUGGCAGAAGUUGCCAUAUCUCAAAAGGGUUGCUGUUUGGUAG